AUGAGUCCUAAUCUUCAGAGGCAACAUGAGCAUAUGGACCCUCUUGAAAUUAUUGAACAUCUUAAGAAGAUGUACGGUGGACAAAGUAGGAAAACUAGAUUACAGUUGUCUAAAACUUUGUUUAGGUCAUCAAUGAGUGCAAAUGAUCAAGUAGGACCCCAUGUUCUUAAAAUGAUUGACCUUAUUGAACAACUUGAGAAGUUAGGAUGCACAGUUGGAAAAGAACUUUCUCAAGAUUUGAUUUUGCAAUCACUUCCUGAUUCAUUUUCACAAUUUGUUGUUAAUUUUAAUAUGAAUAAGAUGUAUAUUUAUUUGCAUGAAAUGCUUAACCUACUAAUUGAUUAUGAGAAUCAAUUUUCCUAUGAAAAGAAGAAAGGAACUGUCAUGGUUGUUAAAAAGGCCUUUAAGAAAAAGGGAAAAGAAAAGUUUAACGCGAAAUAG